AUGAAGUUCGGGGAGCAUCUUGAGCGGGAAUCCGUCCCAGAAUGGAACCUCCAUAACCUCGAUUACAAUUCCAUCAAACAUGAGAUCAAGAUGCACACAACACGCGACCAGGCCACGGCUAUGGCUAUUCCGGGUCAGAAAGACGAAGCUUUGAGUCGAUUCGAGGAUGGCUUAUACAUGGAACUUGGUCGUCAGCAUGAGAGAUUACAGCUGUUUGUCUCGAGUAAAGCAGACGAGAUUUCGCGCCGGUUAGAAUAUCUCGCCAAGAACAUCAAUCGAUGGGCUUCAAAGAACCGAGACGAACUCGCCCAUGACUCAGCAAUAAAACACCAAAGAAGGUUCACCAAAUACGAGCGCGAGCUGGUUCGCUGCGGUAGCGAUAUUCAUGCCCUUGAACGCUUCGUCAAUGCCCAAGCAAUCGCUUUUCGAAAAAUCACUAAAAAAUACAAGAAAUGGACUGGAUCUACGACCCUCGGCGCUCGCCUCUACGAGAACAUCCUCUCCGACCCCAAAAGCUUUACUCGUCGCGACUUCUCCUCCCUCCAACAGCGAUAUGACGACAUUACUUGCACCCUAAACGCUGCCGCUCCCGCAUUGAGUGAGCCUAGCUCGCCAGAGUCCCCAGCUCAAUCUUAUCGACGUCAGUCCCUGUCGGGCUCUAUCAACUCGGCGAACCGCCACCAUACUGGCCGUUCUCAACCCAACUUCGAGUUCUUGCCCCCACCACAGAUGGAGGGCCCGACCAAAUACUGGAAUGAGUAUGACAAUGGAAGCGAGUGCGCAGACGACGAUGGUGGAUAUGCUAUCUACAUAAAUCCAGAUGAAAACACCAGUUUUCCUGGCCUUGACUAUCUACAGAAUAUUUUCACAGCCCCUUUGAACAAGGCAAAGGGCUGGUUUAGGCAUAAGAAAACUGGAGAGCGUCAGGGUCUCCUCGGUGCCAACCAUUCGCCGUACCAAUACUCCAGCACAACUUUCAAUGGCAGUGAAUCUGAUGAGGAGGCGGGAUACGCCAGCUCAGACGGUUUCCCUACAACCGGAUAUGCCACCCAUUACGCCCUCCCCAGCCUCAGCCAACAGCAGGCGCACUUGUAUCGUGAGAAGACGCUAUUCUGGGGUACUGUCGGCUCAUUUGCCGUAUCAUUCCUGCUCCUACUUGUCGCUGGCACGCUCAUCUCUACCGGCCGACACAGGCUCCGCGCCGAAGUUGAUGCUGGCGUUACUGUUGGUGUUGUCGCAAGUUUGUUUACCGCGUGUUGUGCUCUUGGCAUGACACUCUAUCGGCAUGACCAACUAUCUUUACCACACCUAUUCGCUGUGUGGACUACCUUUAUCGCUUCUUGUAUCCUCAACGGCAUGCUACUCAUCCUUGUCGUUGGGAACUCUCCUUGA